GGGUCAUACGGAAAGCAGGUGGGAAGAAAACGUUGCCGUACAAUUUGUGCUGUUCGCUGCGUCCAGGAGGACACAGAUAGAGAAAGAACGGACGGAGCAGAGCACACGCCUUCAAUUAGCACCCAACCAUCAUAGAGGUGAAGAGGGGCCGGAUAGUGAAUGGCUGGUCAUUAGAGAUGCCAUCCCACUGACAUCCCUCAUCAUCACUGGUCUUUCCGGGCCCUAUGUUGACAUGGCAACAGGAAGAAAAAGCUCAACAUCCAAGGGCGGAGGUGUGCACUUUCCUGACGAUGCGGAGGAGGACCCUCUCAGCAAUAGCGAUGACACACAGCAGGACAAGGUCAUCUCAGCCAUAGCGGAACCAGACGGAACAUACCUGGUUAAGGUGGGGUUCCUAAGAAUCCAGCACAAGUACGAGAUUGUCUUCACUAUUCCACAAGUCCCCACUCUGGGCAAAGAUGCCACCCUGUCCCCGGCCCUUCGGACCAUGCCCAAGCCACGCCUGCGGGCCUCACGCAUCAUUCCACGUCCUGAAGGUGGUGUAAAAGUGGUGUGUGAGUACAGUGCACAGCAGGAGGGAGUGGUCCAGGAGGAGCUCACUCUGGUUAACAGGAGCAGGAGGGACAGCAGCAUCCGUGUCAGAGUGCAGGCCAGAGUGAUGGACCGCCAUCAUGGAACCCCCAUGUUGCUGGAGGGAGUGCGGUGCCUGGGGACAGAAAAAGAGACUGCCACGAAAACCAAUGACCGAAAGAAGAUCUGACCGCAGUCGCUCUCUUCCUACAUAUCUUACCAGCAUGGACUGAGACGAGGAACUGAACGCAACGCAUGUGCCUCAGAUUGUGCUCAGACCUCAGUUGUUCCCAACUCCAAUCCUGGCGAUCCACAAAACAUGGCAUUUCGUUAAAUACCACCAAACUCCAUCAAAAGCUUGAUGGUUGAGAUGUUCCUCUUCACAGAGGGCCACAAUGCAAUUUAGUGGAUCGCUGGAGCUGGAGUUGGAAAGCAGUUGUCAUUACUCAGUCCCAAGAACAAGCAAUACCGAAGUCCCCUGGCCAAGGAUAACACAACUGUGGCAUGUUAAAGUCAACGGCUGCAAGACGUAUCCAAAAAAUCUUCUGGGAACUUCUUUAAGUUCAGACAGUUGCUGGAAAAGAUAUGUAAAGCAAGUUUCAGGUAUACCACCUAAUCUGUCAGACCCCUUCUGAGGAGGUCAUCUUUAGGUGGGAAUGUGUUUUCCUUGUACUAGGACUGCAAGUUUAUUUAGCUUUAACUGAUUCACUGCGCUAGUGUGUAGGCUUCCUAGUUAUAUACAGGGCAUUGCUGCAUUUCGAAGAGAUACAUGGAGGCAAGCUUUUCGUUGAAUGAAUCUUCCCUUUUCACGCCGUUUAUGAAUCCUCUAAUGUAAUGCGCAACAUGACGGUUUCUCUUUAAGCUGAUAAUAUUGAGUUUGUAAUGCACAAAAGAUUCAUACGUCAAACUACAGGUUUCUAAAUGUUUUUGCCAAAAGAAUGUGGUGUAACUUACCAGCAUAGUAGAGAGGUGUAAUCAGGGACACACCAUGGUCCUAUGAGGCCGUUGGGCACCAGAUGGACCAUAAAAUGCUUUUGUAAUGUGGGCUGUUACAGCCUAACUGCCAACAGAGCAUAGUAGUAACUGUGCCUACAUUCAUUGACUAAUAACAGAGAUAAUAACUGGAAUUAGCCACACAUACUUGAGUAGCACACAGUUUUUAUCGCUAGCUAGCCCCCCCUGUUUGCAGCAGGUAUCAGGAUCAAAAUGGCUUCACAAAAUAAGCCCCUGAUUAUAGAAAACCCUUCAGUGUUCAGGGCAGAACUGAAGUGCUACAUACAGUAAAUGUGGUGUUUAAAGAAAAGAGGGAGAACCACAUGCAGCAGUUGGCUGACACAUUGUUUUGAUAGCAUGCUAACUAGUAUACAUGCUAUGCAAACCACAGAAUGGCUGCAUGGUUUUGCCCCAAUCCUUUAAACCUCAUUUGCUGCAUGCAGCACAUCACUUUUGCCUUUCAGGCUGAAUAUUUUUCUUUAUUGAAAGGUUUAGUAUGUGAAGCUGUGUUGAAUGUGUUGACAGUAUGGGUUGCUUUUGUAUAAUGCAAUCCCUGUAGCAAAUACAGAGACUGAUCUAAAAGACUUGCGACUCGGACUGGCACCCCAGACACUUGGCUAGGGUUUGCAUGACUUGUGAACAUCUAUGGCUGAUAAUUCUAACAUUGUUGUAGCUUAUAAUUUAUAUAUUCACAAUAGAUGUGAUCUGUCCCAGUAUGUUUUUUUCACAUUUUUGUGUUAUUGAGUUUAUGUUCAAUAAACUAUAAGCCUAUAAUCACCAUACAUACAUGCCAACUGUUGAAAGAUCUCAUAUAUGUCUUGUUUCUGCUUGAAUUGUACAUUUUGUUGACUGGCUUUAAAGCACAGAUGAAUUAAACAGAGUGUAUGUUGUAUACUGUU